GCUGGACUUACUGAGCUUGAGCUUGCUCUUCGAAGCAAAUGUCGAUGACCUUGCGCCAACCUUUGGCCCUGCACCAGCAGCAUCUAUGCUUAGCUCGCGUGUAUAACCUCUCAUCUGCGAACGCAUUCGUGCGGUUCAAGUCCUCAAAAUCGAAGGCUUCGAAGGCGUCCUCAUCACCUCCGGCAGCCAAGUCACCUCCGCCUUCACCUGCUCCUGCUCCUACACCAGCACCUACACCAUCGGCCACAGCAGCUUCUAGCACAACUUCCGAGUCUUCAGAGAGCUUGACAUGGCCGGAAUACUUGCGAAUUCGGGCGAACAAGCGCAAGUGGGAAAUGGCUACGACUAUACCCUCUACAUUGUUCGCAUUUGCCGGUGCAUUGGGCUAUUUCGGCAACUUGGAGACGGACCCAACGAAACCCAUCUUUGGCAUUGACCCAAUGUUUUUCUACGGGUUCUCCUCCGUUGGCAUAGGCGGCCUCGGGUAUCUCGUUGGACCGUCAAUUGGCUCGACUUGCUGGCGAUUGACACACAGACGCAUCAUGCCCCUGUACGAAGCUCGUGACAAGGAGUUCUACCGCCAUCUCGUGAAUAACCGCGUAGACCCAUCAGCGCAGAGCACCAGCAAUCCUGUGCCGGAUUAUUACGGAGAAAAGAUUGGCUCGCUUCAAGGGUACAGGCAGUGGCUACGUGAUCAGGCGAGGUACAGACGGAAGGCGCGCUGGCUGGAUGAGAAGGACCUUGCUGCGUGAACUUUGCCGAUACAUAUCUCAACACAUAAUAAUUGCAUUCAGCCCAUCAGCUACCAUUGGCAAAUGCU